CCACAGACGCUGAAGGAGCAGAAGGACAGCCGGGCCGGCAAGGGCAGCAAAGGCGGCGGCGAGGGCCCCCUGGUGGUGACGGAGGAGCUGCACCUCAUCACCUUCACGCUGGCGUACGCGUACUGCGGGCUGGAGCUGGAGCUGGAGACCUCCACGCUGCCCUUCGUCAUCAUCUCCAACAACAGCCAGCUCUCCAGCGCAUGGGCCUCCAUCCUCUGGUUCAACAUGCUCAGCCCCGACCCUAAGCCCCAGUUCCAGUUCUUCUCGGCCCCCCCCGCGGCGCCGUGGCCGCUGCUGGCGCAGGUGCUGAGCUGGCAGUUCCAGAGCGUGGCCGAGCGGGGCCUGGCCCGGGAGCACCUCCUCAUGCUGGCCGAGAAGCUUUUCGGCUCGAAGCCAUCUCCAGAGAGCACCUUGAGCUGGACCAAGUUCUCCAAGGAUGGUGCCGCUGGCUUCUCCUUCUGGGCUUGGCUGGACGGGAUCCUGGGGCUGCUCCAGGAGCACCUCAAGCAGCUCUGGAAGGAUGGGCUCAUCCUGGGCUUCGUGAGCCGGAAGCAGGAGAAGAAGCUGCUGAAGGGGAAGAGGACGGGGACGUUCCUGAUCCGGUUCAGUGAGAGCAUCCUGGGGGGGGUCACCUGCACCUGGGUGGAGCAUCCUGAGAGCGGGCCCCCCGCGUUCCGCGCCGUGGUCCCCUACACUGCGGCCGAGCUGGUGUCCCUGGCGCUACCCGACAUCAUCCGUGACUACCAGCUGCUGGUGGAGGAGAACGUCCCCGAGAACCCGCUCCAGUUCCUGCACCCCAACAUCCCCCGCGACGAAGCCUUCGGGCCCUACUACAGCAAGAGGGAGGAGGGGAACCUGAUGGAGCAGAAGAAGUACCUGAACCGGCGCCUCAUCCGCGUGUCCUCCAGGCAGGCCAAUGAGUCGUGGCAGACAGAAGAGGAGCUGGUGACAGCCACGGAAAACCUGGAGACGCUGAAGCUGCAGCCUGGCAGCUCCGGGGCGCAGCAGCCCAGGGAGCCAGGGAUGCUGCAGGUCGUGCCUGAGAACCGGGGAUCGGCGCAGCCCACGAGCCCAGGGACAGUGCAGGUGAUGGCCACGAGCCCUGCGCUGCUGCAGCCACAGCCCCCAGGCCUGGAGCCAUCGCAGCCGCUGCAGGUCGCAUCAGGGGUCUUGGAGGUGCUGCAGCCGGGCAUUGGGAGCAUGGAGCCGCAGUUGGUGCUGCAGCUCAUCCCCGAGGGCCAGGGGAUGCUGCAGCCGGGACCGGGAGCUGUGGCGAUGCUGCAAGUGGUGCCUAGAGGGCAGCCGGUGCCCGGGGAUGCAGGGAUGCUGCAGCCCGUGCCCGGGGACAUGGGGAUACCACAGCCAAUGCUUGGGGAUACAGGGAUGCCACAACCAGUGCCUGGGGAUGCGGGGAUGCUGCAGCCGGUGCCCGGGGAUGCGGGGAUGCUGCAGCCGGUGCCUGGGGAUGCGGGGAUGCUGCAGCCGGUGCCUGGGGAUGCGGGGAUGCUGCAGCCGGUGCCUGGGGAUGCAGGGAUGCUGCAGCCGGUGCCCGGGGAUGCGGGGAUGCUGCAGCCGGUGCCCGGGGAUGCGGGGAUGCUGCAGCCGGUGCCUGGGGAUGCAGGGAUGCUGCAGCCGGUGCCCGGGGAUGCGGGGAUGCUGCAGCCGGUGCCCGGGGAUGCGGGGAUGCUGCAGCUGGUGUCAGGGGCUGUGGAGCCGCUGCUGGUCCCUGAGGAGCCGGGGCCGCUGCCACCGGAGCUGAGGGACCUGGAGCCGCUGCCCGGGAGCCUGGACAUGCAGGAGCUCCUGCAGUCGCUCGCAGAGGGCUCGGGGACCCUGGAAGCGCUGGAAGCGGCGGAGCUGAUGCCCAGCGCCCUGGAGGCCGCGGAGGGGCAGGGCCCGGGCCCGGGGCUGGAGGGUGAGUGCCGGGGCCGGAGGGGACAGGGGCGCCCCUUCGGCGCUGAGCUCCGGCCGCCCCCCGCAGGCAGCGCCGCGCUCCUGGAUGCCCACGACCCGUUCCUGCCGCAGCCCGAGGACGCGGCGCUGCCCGCUGCCGUCGGGUCCCUCUUCAGCACCGACUUCCCCCCGCUCCACAUCGAUGCCAACGACUUCCAGUGACGCCCCCCCCCCCCCGGUAAAUAAACCUCAUCCUCUCUUCCUACCCGGGUUUGUGCCGCACGCACGGAGCCGCUCGCCUCCUUCAGCCCUUUAUUCGCAACCCAUAAAUACCCGCGAUAAA